UCACAGCGACCCAGCAGAGCCAGGAUCCCCCGAGUCAGAUAUCUCAACACAGCGACGAAAAUAGCUUUUCAAAGAGAACGCGUCUGCAUCGGCCAUGAUCUUAUUCCACAAGUUGUAAUAGUUUUCACAUCUCUUAUAGGGUUUUCCUUUUUGGAUGCGACUUGUUUCCCCCUUUUUUGAAGCAGUUACAGUCUCUUUUGACUUUAUUAUUUCUCCUUCUUGUUGUUUGUUUGCGGCGAUACAGCGAGAGAGGAUCCAGAGCAACAGCUGUGGAAUAUAUAAACUCCGCUAUAUGGAUAAGCUCCCAUCUGCAGCUGUACUCAGAGUUUAAUCUCACACGUUUCUCUCUGCGCAAAGAAGAAAAUGAAAUCUGCUGAAGAGGAUGCAUAUGGCUACACGCCAAACGUCAGUCUCUCCCUCCCACUGGGCAACCCUUGCCUUCCCUCCCAGUACCACAGCCUCCAGUCCAGCCCCACUAUAUCUGUCUCUGUCUCCGAGUCUCACAGUUAUGACACCCAGGAUGACAUGAGAGCAGCCGGCUACUAUUCAUCCUCAAGCAUCCGCCCAAAUGGGGCUCCAACCCUGGAGAGUCCUCGUAUCGAGAUCACAGCCUACGGUCAGUUUCCUGAGGACCAAGUGGAGGAGAGCAACCUUCCUGUUGCUAAGCGAGUCAACUCUAUAGUGACGCUGACCCUCCCCAGUGCAGAUGGUUAUCGUGACCCCAGCUGCCUGAGCCCAGCCAGCAGCAUCUCAUCUCGCAGCUGCCACUCCGACGCCUCCUCCUAUGAGUCAAGCUUCUCCUACAACUAUGAAAACUCACCCCAGAACUCUCCCUGGCAGUCGCCCUCUGUGUCCCCAAAGGGCUCCACCCUUGCCCUGCCAGGUGAUGGCUGCACCUCUGGUGGUUCCCCUCGCCACUCCCCCUCCACCUCCCCACGCACAAGUGUGACAGAUGAUACCUGGAUGGGUCAGCGAGGCUCCAGGCCCAACUCCCCUUGUGGUGCAAAGAGGAAGUACAGCUUUAACGGCAGCGGGGCAUCGCACAAGCACUACCCAUACUCGCCCAACCACUCCCCUGGAGUGUCCCCGCAGACCUCCCCUCGCCUCAGUAUAACAGAAGAGACCUGGCUGCCAAACACCAACCAGUACACCAACUCAGCCAUCCUGGCAGCCAUCAAUGCCUUGACCACAGAUGGAGUGGCCGACCUUGGGGAGGGAAUCCCCAUUAAAGCUCGGAAAACCAGCCUGGAGCACAGCCCCACUGUCAGCCUGAAGUUGGAGCCUGGAGGCGAGGAGCUGAAUCCAGGGGAGCUCUGUCAGGACGAUCACCCCUCCAAUCGCCUGCCUUUAAAGAAGGAGGGCUACUGUGGUGGGUUUCUAGAUGUGCCACAGCACCCAUACUCCUGGUCCAAGCCAAAGCAAUAUGUCAGCCCAUCCCUGCCAGCUCUCGACUGGCAGCUGCCGUCCAGUUCAGGGCCGUACAGCCUGCAGAUCGAUGUGCAGCCCAAGUCCCACCACCGAGCCCACUAUGAGACGGAGGGCAGUAGGGGAGCAGUGAAGGCCCUGGCAGGAGGACACCCUGUUGUUCAGCUCCAUGGCUACAUGGAAAGCGAGCCGCUUACUCUGCAGUUGUUCAUUGGCACUGCUGACGACAGGCUGCUGAGGCCCCACGCCUUCUACCAGGUCCACCGCAUCACAGGGAAGACGGUGUCUACCCCGAGCCACGAGGCCCUGCACAACAACACCAAGAUCCUGGAGAUCCCACUGCUGCCAGAGAACAACAUGCGGGCCAUAAUUGACUGCGCAGGGAUCUUGAAGCUGCGUAAUUCGGACAUUGAGCUGAGAAAGGGGGAGACUGACAUCGGACGCAAGAACACACGUGUGCGGAUGGUUUUCAGAGUUCACAUUAACCAGGCCACGGGGCGAACAGUGUCCUUGCAGGUUUCGUCCAACCCCAUUGAGUGCUCCCAGAGAUCAGCCCAGGAGCUGCCGCUGGUGGAUAAGAGGAGCUUGGAGACGUGUCCUGCCCCCGGGGGGGAGAGGAUGCUCAUCGACGGACACAACUUCCAGCACGACUCCAAGGUGGUGUUUGUGGAAAAGGCUCAAGACGGUCACCACCUCUGGGAGACGGAGGCCAAGGUCGACAGAGACGCCUCUAAGCCUAACUCACUAAUCGUUGAAAUCCCUCCCUACCGGAACCAAAGACUCUCCACCCCAGUCCACGUCAACUUCUACGUCUGCAACGGCAAGAGGAAAAGAAGCCAGUACCAGCGCUUCACCUACGUCCCUGCCAGCGCUCCGACAAUAAAGACGGAGCCACACGACGACUACGACGCCCCCCUGUUGUGUGGCCAACAUGGCCCCGGCCUGUCCAUGCACCCAAAGCCAUACUUCCCCCCUCAGGUCAUGACCCCGAUGAUGACCUCUGACCUUCGGCCGUGCGUUGUGGGCGGGGCUUACUCUGUCAGCCAGCAAAGAUUGGCAGCCAAGCCUUCCUCGCUCCCCUCUCCAAGCACCAGCCCCAAACUGCACGACCUGUCGCCACCGCCGCCCUUCUCCAAAUGCCUCUCUGCCGGCCCAGCCGUCCAGCACCCGGGCCAACAGUCCCCGAUCCCGCAUGUCUCCAUCAUCCAGGAGACUCCUGGGCGCUACCAGCCGCCCAGCCUCUACCCACCCAGCAGCUCCCCCUCCUCCUCCCCAACCUCGCAGCCCUCAACCCCGACCGACGGGCCUUUCUCUCCAGCCCUCUGCAUCACACCAGCUCAGCCAGUCAGCAGCGGCAGCACCAGCCCAGGAGCUCAGCAGCACCCCAAGGUGCCAGAGAGGGGGCGGGGCUCCCUUCAGGAGGAAGGCAGCCCCCCGACGCUGGCUGUCAGCAUCAAACAGGAACCACAGGAGCUGGACCAGAUGUACCUUGAUGAUGAUGCACAGAAGGUCAAAGCCAGAUCAAAUAGAGGAGACGAGGUCAGUCAGUUCAGUCUGGGCCGAGAAGAGCACACAUGGCAGCGGAACGACACGCUGUAGGAGGGUGGAGAUGAGUUAAUGAGAUCAUCAGGAACGACCUGUCGAGCAUCUCCGUCCACAGCCACGCGUAGUUUCCCGUCACCAACAAAACUGACACGGGACACAGAAAAAAAAAGGGAAACACCAAACAAAAGAUGGACAUUGUGCUUUUCAUGCUUGGACUACAGCGUGCAGGAAGAAGCAGCAAAACAAAAUGCAAAAAGAACAAAUGUAAAUGUAUUGUCCAGAUGACCAGGGUCCAACGUGUGCCUUGUUUUUCAUAUAUAUAAUGCCUUUACACAGAAAUUAUCCAAGGAAUAAAUCACAUGACUGACUUUUUUAAAGACAUGUAAAUUGAGUAUGUAGCAACCAAACCUGCCACCCCACAACAAAGUAUGCUUUUAGAGGACCAAAAUAUGUUUUAUAUGUCUUUUUUUGCUGCAGUUUGUAAAUGAUCCAGUGCCUGAGUUAUGAUAUUUGUAUAUACAGUAUCUGUAGUGCUUCAGUUUGCGUAUCUGACUUUACAGAGAGACAAUUUAAAAGAGAAGUGCCUUUUUGACUGGAAACAGAAAAAUGUGGCCUGAGUUUGGCUUCACAGGUUCAACUUCAACAGAUGAAAGAUUUUAUAAAGUAAGAUAAUGUAACUUUUGCUGAAUAGAGGCUACAAAUGGUGAUAAUGGGGUAAUGUUAAAUGACAAAAGACAAGGCAACAGUAGCAUGAUUAGAGAAUUGUGAUUAGCCCCCCCAAAAGCUACUGUUCAGUGAGGCUGUAGCAACAAAACCCCUGGGUGUGUUGAAGUGAUGAAGGGUUUGUUUAAUUUCUCAUGAACUUCAUCAACUUUUUUUAAUUUGUAAAAGGAAGAAUGUGUUACUUCUUCUCUUAAAAGCUGCAUUUAAAUCAUAUUUAGUCAACAUUUGUUUGGACAAAUAAAGAUUAAUAAAAUCGAAUACAUUUUCUGUAUUCACAAACAACAAUAAGCACUUAACCACUAAACCUGUGGUAUUACUUAUAUUAUAUUCCAUUAAAGGGGCAGUUCACCACAAAAUCAAAAAUGCACAUUUUUCCUCUCACCUGUAGAGCUGUUCAUCAGUCUAGAUUGUUUUGCUGUGAGUUGUUGAGUGUUGGCGAUAAUGGCUGCCUUCUCUCCAGUAUAAUGAAACUACAUGGCACUCGGCUUGUGGUGCUCAAAGUGCCAAAAAAAAAAAUACAUCUGAAAACCUCAACAGCAAUGUCUCUUUUUAGAAAUCAUGACCUUGUUACUCAAGAUAAUCCACAGACCUUGUUGUGAGCAGUUUCAUGUAGGAACUAUUUUCUUUCUACUGGAGUACACCAGCCAACUGCACCACACAGAAGGAAGCGUGCAUCUACUCAUGGAUGAGAGACUCAUGCUUGUUACAGCAUGAAAUAUAAACAUUAAUGGCAUCCUUCUUGGCUGAGCUGUAAUGCUAGCUAGCUUAGCAAUAUAUCCUCACACAAUGAUAUGUAUGAUAUCCUACAAAUUAGAGCCCCACGAACAACGUUACGUACCUAAAGUAAUGUUACAUAGUCAGUGUUAAGUUAAAAGGUUAGGCAUAGGACAAGAAACACAUUGACAACAUACCUUGAAAUGACUCAAGAGUUCACACAGUUUUGAACACCAGUCUCCUGGUAGGAAAGGUUCUGGUUUGUUACCCAGCCUGUGCCCCAACUUGCCUCUUUAAAGGAGUGCUCUUCUGUUCUGAUCACAGCCUUCCCAAAUAUGUGGGUUAUACACAAAUUACUGGCUCAUGAUAACGUGGGAUAUGUACAAAUUUUGGUGCAUUACUUUACAUAGGAAAACAUACAAAUAGUGCAUGAGAACAGCCUGAGCUCAGUGGUGUGAGGUGAGCUAGCAGUGGAUGCACGCUUCCUUCUGCACGGUGAUACAGUCGGUGAGUGUAGUUUGGUAGAAAGAAAAUAGUUCCUACAUAAAACUGCUCACAACAAGGUCUGUGGAUUAUCUUGAGUAACUGUGUCAUGAUUUCUGGAAAGAGACAUUACUGUUGAGUUUUUCAAAUGUAUUUUUUUUUUGGCACUUUGAGCACCACAAGCUGAGUGCCAUCUAGUUCCAUUAUACCAGAGAGAAGGCAGACAUCUGUACGGCUGAUAACUCCGACACUCAGCAACUCACACCAAAACAAUCUGCACGGAUAAAUAGCACAACAGGUAAGAGGAAAAAUAUGUGUUUUUGGUUUGGUUUGAACUGACCCUUUAAGACAACAAUUUAGUGUCACUUGAAUUAACAACAAGUUACCCAAACCUCAUCUAGAGGUCAUAUGUCUUCAUGCACUCAUACAGUACAAAUAACUGUGUAGUCACAGAAUAACGAGUCAGUUUGUGUCAUUUCUGCAUCGAAACUUGAAAUCAACAUGAACUUUGGAGUAAACUGUUGGCUACAGUCAUUUUUAUCAAAGACGAAAUCAUCUCAGUUUUGACAAAGCUUGACUUUUCUCUGGAAGCUACUAUAUGCAACAUGCCGGUCGUCUCUCACAGAAUGUAACUGUCUCUAAUCCAAAGAAUACCUAACAAAAGUGAACAGCAAUACAAAUAUAUAAAGUCUUUGAUGUUUGUUUUUCUAUUUUCAUAUUUAUUCUCUUAGCAUGUGCUCUGUUUAGUCAUGUUCAUCAUACAGCCUCUCUGACAUGGUUACCUACAUACUGUGGUUUAUCUACUCAUUAGUUUGCGCUCUUAUAGUAAAACUGAAUGGGCUUACACACUUUGUUCUCAUGUUUUUAUAUGUAUUUAUGAGUCUUAAUCCUUGUAACCGAAGCCAUACUGAAAUGUUUACCAAGGAGGUUAUUGUUGCUCUACAACACAUAAUUCUGCUUUGUGAUCUAUUUUGUGUAUUUGUCAAUAAAUAAGCCUUCAUCUCUUG